AGACCGCACAUGUGCGCCACGAUACAAACACUGUUAUACUCGGUGUUAUAGCUGCGAUACCUGCGCGUAGAGAAACUCGUAUAGUGUCAUCGUUAUUUAUUCUCUUAGUCCCGGUCGUGUAACGGAAAUGUCAGGUGUUAUUUGAAGCGAGAGGCAUUAGUGUUUCGACGCAGCCGGCAACGAGCACAAGGAUCAAAAUGAACACCAAACACUUAAGCACCGGAUCGGUACCUCCUCCUCUUGUACCUGGGAAAAUACGUUUGUACGGCAUGCGUUUUUGUCCGUAUGCGCAAAGAGUAUUGCUCGUAUUGGACGCAAAACAAAUUCCGUAUGAUGUUGUGAAUAUAAAUUUGAAGCAUAAACCAGACUGGUUAAUAGAAAAAAAUCCACUGGAAGAUGUUCCAUGCAUUGAACUGGAGGGAGGAGAGACAUUAUACAACAGUCUAAUUAUUGUUGAUUAUCUGGAUGAGGCUUAUCCUCACAAUAAACUGUAUCCAAUCCAGCCUUUGAAAAAAGCCAAAGAUAAGAUAUUGAUUGAUAGAUUUAAUGAGGUGAUAACAACAAUAUAUAAGGCGUAUCGAGCACCAAAACUGGAGCAGGAUUUAUUCAACGAGGCAUUAGCUAAAUUGGAGCUCUUUGAGCGAGAGUUAGCCAAGAGAGGAACAGCUUUCUUUGGUGGGGGUAAGCCUGGAAUGUUGGAUUUUAUGAUAUGGCCAUGGUGUGAAAGAGCUGAUGCAAUGACAAUUCUACAGGGAGAACAGUUUGUCAUACCUCGAGAUCGCUUUCUGCGGCUGCUUGAAUGGAGAGCUGCGAUGAAGGAAGAUUCUGCAGUACGCGGCAGCUUCUUAGAGGCUGAGAUACAUGCCAAAUAUAUACGCAGUUCUCUUGCACGUGCACCUCAAUAUGAUCUUGUUGCUAACAAUUAAAAACAAUACAAUCUAAAGUUCAUUCCACUUGUUGACAAUGUGCUAAACUUGAGUAAUACAAAUAUUCCUUUAUGUGUUAACAAUGGUCCAAACGCAUAGCAGCAGACUUUAUUUUAUACAAUUAUAUAAAUACAUAUAACAAUUAUAUGUUUUAGUAACAGAUGAAAGUUAUAUUUUUGUGUAAUAUUUAAAAUAAUUAACUAGUCUAUAGGACAGAGCAUUUAUUUUGAUUGUUGAUUAAUAUAUGAAAAUAAAAAGUGGCUUUGGCAAAAGA